CGCGUGUCGCUCUGCCCCCGCGGAGGAGCAACAGCAGGAUGCGCCGGGGGCCACCAAAUGUCCCCGGUGCUCGGGUUGCUGGUGUGGUCUCUCAUCGCUGCCACGACGUACCACCUGCACGCGGCAUACGGCUGGGUGAUGUUUGUGUCCCUCUUCUUCUGGAUACUAACAAUCCUUUUCCUCGUGACUUACCUCCUGCAGCUUCAUCAGAAGUUCUACAUGGUCCCCUGGCCCCUCGUGCUGAUGAUCUCCAACGCUGUGGCCACCGUGCUGUACCUCACGGCCUUCGUGACGAGCGCGGCCGCCGUGCAGCCCACGAGCUGGCGGCAGUGGGACUACAACCGCAGAGCCGCCGCCUCCUUCUUCGCCGGUGUCACCAUGAUCAUUUACGGGGUGAGCACCUUCUUCAGCUUCCGCGCCUGGAAAGGGCUCGGCAGCAACGCGGCCACCAGCCAAGUGACCGACCACGUGUAAGGAGUGGACAGCAAAGCCCAGCCAGGGCCACCCUGCACCAGCUUGUGCCAGGCUUGGUGGCUUGGAGCCUCGUGUGCCAGCAGGGCUCGUUUUGGGACCAGCCUGUGCUGGUCAGCACUGGGUCAUGUGGAUGCUGCCCUGAGGUUUCUGCUGAUGCUCCCAGCACAACCCCACCGGCAUCGCCUCUGGGGGACGCGGACUCGCUGGGGCUGCAGCUCCUGCUCAUCCCCGCGGGUCAUCCGAUCCUCGCUGGAGCAGCUCCACUGAGGGGACUCGAUUUGGCACAGUCCAAUACUAAAAUUCACUAACCCAAGCCCAGGCUCCCCCCUCUGCUCAUUCACAGCUACAGUGUAAGUAAUGCCAUUAACGGGAUGCAGAAACAGUGGCAGAGCUGGAAGAUGGGAAGCGAAGCA